UUCGAUUGCACGUACAAACGCCACCUGUACAGACCUAGGAACGGACUGUCGCCUUUGUUAAUUACAGCUGGAAACGGACCUUCAUGAUGACAAUGGACCCGUUGAAAUCGGCCAUGUCCAUCGGGAAUGUGGAUGAGACAUCUCUUGCUUUGCCAUCCGAUAAAAAACUUCGGUCCAAACAGCAGCGAGUCUUGGAUCAGGUGCAAACCAUCAAGAGGGGCAAGUCGAAGUACAGUAAACAUGGAUCUGUGUCGUCGCCAACGACAUCCCCAACGAGUCCUGUGUACAUCAACAUAUUCGCUGACUCCUUUAAGUCACCUACCAGUCUUAAUGGGGGUGCCUUCUUUAAUGGUACAAAUGGCCUCUCAAAAACGCUCAGCUAUGAGAAAAGCACCAAGCGAAGGGUCGUGGCCUCCAAGGAAUCUACGGUCCAGAGGAACAUGAGCAGCUCCAGCCAGUGGGAGAGACGAUUCCCUCUCAGCCCCACCAUAGGCAAGCACAACAGCAGCCGCAGUGUGCCUGACCUGGCCCCCUUCCCCACCACUACUAGUACCACCACCACCAUGCAGCAGCAGCUACUGCAGUCCUCGGCCCCCGCCCGGCAGCUCCAGCCCAACAGGUCCAGCUUCUUCCUGACCGAGAGGAACAGCAGUCAGGUCAUCUCCAAUGGCAACAGCUCCUCUCAGGUCGCUGUCAAAGGCAACGAGGUGCAGAAAAGGAACAGCCAGUUGAUUGGCACGCGUCAGACGAAAAGUAGUGGCCAGAUUACCAGCAGCCAAGGUCGUAUUGAGAGGGCACCCUCAAACAUCUCUGUGGCUGAGUCCAAGAUGUCAGGGAUCAAGAUCAAGGGUGAAGCGGGGAUUAAUGGUAAUGGUCAGAUAGCUGAUAUAACCAUGAAGGAGGCGGUGGAGUACCUGUCCAGUGGAGAUGAGAACUACCAGCUCUGUGGAGCCUCCUUCAUCCAACACGCUACCUACUCAGAGGACAAGGCCAAGCAGGAGGUGUUGCGGCUCAAAGGGAUCCCCCCUUUGGUGAACCUGCUUAGGUGUCCCAGUCCCCAGGUCCAACAGACUGCCUCCGCCGCCCUGCGGAACUUGGCCUUUAAAGAUGCGGGCAACAAGGAGGAGGUCCAGCGCUGUGGGGGCAUCACUGAGGCACUGGCCCUGCUCCGAGACACAGACUCUACCGAGACACAGAAACAACUCACAGGUCUCCUUUGGAACCUGUCAUCUGCAGACAGUCUGAAGCCAGAGCUGGUGCGUAGUGCUCUGCCUGUCCUGACUGAGACUGUGGUAGUACCAUACACUGGAGAUGAGACAAACAACAACCAAGACCCAGAGGUCUUCUACCAUGCCACAGCAUGUCUACGAAACCUGAGCUGUGCGACUCAAGGCAACAGGCAGGCCAUGCGUAACUGUCGAGGCCUCGUCGACUCUCUGGUCAGUUAUGUCCAGCGUUGUGUGGCUGCAGAGAGGCCAGAUGACAAGUCUGUGGAAAAUUGUGUGUGUGUCUUGCACAACCUGAGCUUCCAGCUGGAGAGUGAAGCCCCGGCCCUCUUCAGCAGGAUCAAUGCCCUGGCCAGGACCCCCAGCAGGGCCAACGCCCCCAGUGAGACCGGCCCCAUUGGGUGCUUCAGCCCACAGAGCAGCAAGGUCCAGGACCAGGAGAGUCACUUUGACUACCCUGUGAUGGAGGAGCAGAACCCUAAAGGAGCAGGCUGGCUCUUCCACUCCAAGACCAUGCAGAGUUACCUGUCUCUGCUGGGGUCCAGCCAGAGAGAAGAGACCCUGGAGGCCUGCUCUGGAGCCCUGCAGAACCUCACUGCUUACCAUGGCAAUGUAUCUAGUGUGAUAAGCCAGAGCAUCGUGCAGAAGCUGAACGGCCUGCCUCACAUCUCUCCCUUGCUGCAAUCCUCCAACCCCAGCCUCCAGAAAACUGCUGUGUCUCUGGUAGGGAACCUGGCCAAGAACCAACGCCUUCAGAGCACCAUGGCCCGACAGACCCUACCAGAGCUAGUUGGCAUCCUCAGCUCAUGGACCAAGGAAGAGACGGAGUGUGAUGACACCCUGGCCAUGGCGUGCCAAACCAGCCACAGUCUGCUGAUGAAGGAGCCCGAGCUGGGGAAACCCCUGCUGACCAACAAGCUGGUCAACUCAGUUAACGACCUGAGCAAGAACAGGGAUUUCCCAAAGGCCAGCAAAGCUGCAGGUGUGCUCCUCUACAGCCUCUGGUCAGAGAAAGACGUACAGAGUUUCCUAAAAAAGCAAGGGAUGAAUAAGGGUUCCUUUGUGAACGACAUCACCAGUGCGGCUCACCGGUCUGUGCAGGUCAUUGAGUAACAAGACAACUGGCAUGGAUCUCUUGGCACAACUUCCGGAUGUACUAAUGGACUUGUGGGCCUAUAAACCUACUACGGUACAUAUCAGAUUGGGUCCAGUUAAUCUGAUUACAACAUUUUUACGUUCGAUUUUAAAACAAUUUAUAGCUCAUCAGAAUGCCUAUCCAUUAUGUUUAGUUGUGUCAUUCAUCUUACGUCAGUACCAAGGUUUGAUCUUGCAUUUAUAUUUCGGUUAUUUUCUAGGCUAUUUUGUGUUUACUAGAAAUCAUUUGUUUCUGUUUUCACUGUAAACAUGAUGAUUUUGUAUUGAUAAUGUGUGGUUACUGGGAUUGCUUGAAUAGGGCCCCUUUGCUUGCAUGGCAAUUAUGGUUGAUUGCGUAUUUAUCUAGCCAGGAUAGUCCACUCAGUAACAAUUGCCACUGUUUGUCAGGUAGUCCUGAGGCUAUACUACAAAGCAGGAUCAAGGAGUUAGCCAGCUAACUUGCCUGAAUAUAUAUAUAUAAUAUAUAUAUAUAUAGAGAGAGAGACAGGUUUGAAAUGGGCAUGGUCAAAUUGAUUAAUUGAAUGAAACAUAUCUAAGUUUAGCUUUUUAAUGAACCAGAUAAUCAAUAGUUAUUUCUGGUUGCUUAUCAAGGUUAGCUGGCUAACUAAUUGAUCCAGCAUGCCACUCUGGGUUCCACAGAAUCUAAAAAAAUAUAUAUAGAAAAACGUACACAUCACAAAAUGGACAUAUUGUGAUGUCACCGAUGUUUAACCUUGUGUAGCUACUGUGCUCCUCCAUAUGGUAUAUUCAUACUUUUAAGCAUGUUUGCUACAUUGAUGUUUUUCUCCAUCAAUGCAUGGUUUAGAUUUUUUUUUGUCACUUGACAUUUUAGUCACUAGCUAGGUCACCAUCCAAUUGGCGUCAGAUUUUCAUGCAAAUAUUCAAAAAUUUGCAUAAAAACAAUAUGCACAUUUUCCAACCAGAAAUGUGUUUCCCUCAAAUUGACAGAUAAAAGGCUGUGCAUGAUGACGUAGUGCACAUAAAAAUAUUGUUUUGAAAAUGUAAAUUCCCAUGUACCUAAUAAAAAUACAAGUUAAAUGGUUUUCCAUUUCAUUUUGAAAUCUA